AUGAUUGAGCGGCUCAACGUCUGUCUAGAGUUCAUGAAAUCAAAUCGGCAUUUCAAGGAUGCAGACUUGUAUCUGGUUCGCUUUCAGCAAUGUUUGAUGCGCUCAAUGACAUUGAUCAAGCUGUACUACACAAAUCAAAUGAAAAGCUUAAGCCGACAGGUGCAAGAGAAGCUGCAGAUCAACCAACAAUCCUUGUCAAAUCUCAAGAGAGAAGAAACGUUACUCUAUGAGAAAUUCCGGACCUUAUCAGAAGAAAUGCGUCCGCUGAUUUCACAGGUCAAAAAACGGUAUUUAUUUGACAGAGACGAGUAUGGGGCACUGCUGAGUGAAUUCUUCUCUUCCUGGGUCUCAACCAGAGGCCAAUUACUCCAUGCCCGAAUCAAGAUUGAAAUCAACCGCAUCCAGAUCAACCAUCAGCAGGUCCCUGAUCUCAUUUCUCUGGCAACCACGGGAUGCAAUUACAUGAGAUUGGUGUGUACCGCCAAAUGGAACCUCUUCAAGUCAUUUUUCCCAAAAACUGGUGAAGAAGAGCUCUUUGUUUAUCUAGAAUCUCUGUGCAAUUAUUUGUACGAUUUAUUGAGACCUCAGAUCCUGCAUGAGCAGAAAUUAGAUCUGCUAUGUCAUUUGGCAACGAUCUCGAAUGCGUUGAUUGCGAUGGAUAACAUCCAAACCCGCCUGAUCUUUCGCGCCCAAGCGACCAAAGUGGCUAACUAUAUGACGAAACACGAGGACCUUGAUUACCCUAACAAGCUCAUCCAGGCCGAACAGAAACAUUGGCAGAGUGGCCAAAAGUCCAAGCGUAUCAACAAUCCUCCCGCCCCACUCCUCAAGCAUCCUCAUGCACCACCAAGUCCAGGCUUCCGGCUGAAGGCGCUGCAUACGUAUGUCAAUGAUGCUAUCUUUGAGGAUUCCGCCGGCAAGGCGGUAGGCAUUUGCUCGGAAUCAAUCAUCAAAGCCUCCAACAUGAUGAACUGGGUCACAAGCCACCGGGCCAGCUCGACAACUCCAGCAAUGAGCUCAAAGAUCCAAGCAAAUUUGAUUGAUUGGGAGCUGUUUGUGAUCAGACAUCUGUUGAUCCUCAAGGAAAUGAUCCAAACACUGGAUGUUAUCCAAGUCAAGCGGGCCGUCAAUCUUGGGCCGAUCACCAAUUUCUUGAAAGAGAUCCUGAACCCAAGCUUAAAAGACUUGCUGAUCUUCAAGCCAAUCACCUUGAUGAAUAAGCUGAAGAACCUCAACCACAGUCAGAUUGAGUUUUCAAAACGGAUGCCAUACUCGUCUGAGAGAGAGCAGGACCCUUUAUCCGUUGAUGAGCAUCACCUCAACCUCAAUCUGGACAUGCUGGACGUACAAAUCACGAAGACUAUCGACAGCAAGUCAGACGUCGACCUCAAGCUGAAGACAAUCUGCCACCAAUUCAUCCUCAAGUCGUCCGGUGGUCGAGUCUUCUCUGGGCGGCGGCGAUGGCGGUGGUAUUGCCGAGCAGAAACGAGCAGCAAGAGUCGCAGCUAA